CGUCCGCGCUGUGUCUGUGUUGCCUGCCCCAGUGUUUCCGCUUUCUUUCGUUGUAAUGUUACUUUUAGUUUGAAUUCGGAGCCUCGACGAGCCGGUUGGAAGCGAGAUUUUAGUUUAAUUCUGCUUGGGUGUGUGCGUGUUUAGUUUAAACGAAAUUGAAAGUUGUACACUUUACUACCCCCGAAAAAGCGAAGCACAGCAUAAAAUUGUGCGCUCAUACGCGCGCGUUUGCGACUGUGUGUGUUCGUGUGUGUGUGUAUGUGUAAACGCGAGCGUGUGUUUGCAUUAGUGUGUGUGUGUGUGCCACGCCACGCCACACCAACGGAAACCAACCCCCACCAACAACAGAAUAAAAGAAGAAAACAACAACAAACAAGCAAAGUUAGCACCACCCACUCUUGAAAAACUGCCUCAUAGAGUUCGGCGUCAUCGUCAUCGUCAUCGCCAUCGCCGUAGCCGUUGUUACCGUUUCAUCAUUGCCUGUGCCCUGUGCCUGUCUCUGGUUUCGGCUUAAUAGCGAUCGGAUCGUGUUGUGUAAAUUGUGAAAAAUAUACAUACAUACAAAUAUCUACUAAAGUGUAACGGAUAAGUGAAGCAAACCGAUUUGAGAAUACAAGAUCCGCUAUUUGCCGAGACAAGGCGAGACCCCCGUCCGCCCCCAUCCUGCCGUGACAACCGCUAGCUUACAAACUGCUAUGAUGAAUUUCUCCGCGUUUGGUGGCCCGUUCUCUGGCAUACAUCAAUUCGCCGCUAAAUUUGAUGCACAAACGCCGGGAGCAUUUGGAACGCCGCCUGCGAACGCAGCAGCCGCUGCAGCCGCAGCAGGAACCGAUAAUCAUGUACAGCGCUAUCAGACCAAUGGCAAUCAUUUUAAUCAGAAUGUGGCCAACGUUUCGGCAGCAAAUAACAUGCAAUAUGGUCAAAAUAUAUCCAUACCAUACUCAUCACAGCCGCAGGGUGAUCUAAAUUUUCUAAAUGCAGCCGCUGCAGCCGAUCAUAAGGGUAAAAUCCAUCCAAAAAUCGAACGUGACCGGGAAGAAGUUCUCAAUCAGCAGAUCUUACAGAAUGUCAAUCAGUCGUGGCAGACGCUGGCCAACACGGCCAACACUGUGGACUAUUCAUCGCACUUGCUCUCCGCAACACUGCCAAUCUCCAUUCAACACUUCCUCAAGUAUUCGGAGACCAUCAAGAAGGAGUCCUCUGGCGAUGUCCUGAAGAAUGGCACUAAUUUGGCCAGCCUGGCGCUGGGAGGCGUGGCCCUCACGCCCAGCAAUAAUGGUGCGAACGGAGGCCACCACAAUGGGGGAUUGGUAGGAAUGGAUCACGGCGGUCACAUGACCAACAUGACGGACGCGAAUGGCACAUCGCUGACCAAUGGCGGGGCCAGCAAUGGCGUCAACGGCAAUACCAAUGGAGCGGUCGCCAACGGUGGAGCUGGGGCAGUGUCCAGCUCAGGGUCAGUGGGUACCACCAACGCGAGUGGAGGCACCACCACAGCCAGUGGCAAGAAAACCAAAAAGAAGAAACCACCAAAGGAGAAGAAGCCACGCCCGAAGCCAGGCGAAAUCCGAGAGACGAAAGCGCUGGACGGAUCCACUCUCUACUGCUGCCCCGAGUGUCAAAUGGCAUACCCAGAUCGGAGUUUAAUCGAGCAGCACGUCAUCUCGCAUGCCGUGGAGCGACGCUUCGUUUGCGACAUUUGCAAUGCGGCCCUCAAACGCAAGGACCACUUGACCAGGCACAAGCUAUCCCACAUACCGGACAGGCCUCAUGUGUGCAAUAUCUGCAUGAAGUCCUUCAAGCGCAAGGAGCAGCUCACUUUGCACAUUGUUAUCCAUUCCGGCGAGAAGAAACAUGUUUGCAUUGAGUGUGGAAAAGGUUUCUAUCGCAAGGAUCACUUACGUAAGCAUACGCGCUCCCAUAUUGCCCGACGCGUCAAGUCCGAGGUAUCGGCACAGAACGUUAACGGAUCCGGGGGCAACAAUGCACAGACCAAUGCACUACAUGGUUCCUGAGGAUCGUACAAGGACUUUUGGUAAACUCUCAAACAAAUUUCAAGCCAUGAGGGCGGCCGAACUGUUGGCAAUACCAUGCGCUCCUCCGUAAGGAUUGUGUGGUGCUGGCAGCAGCUGUGCCGCCUUUGAAAUUUGUUGAAGAGUUUAUUAAAGGUCCUGCUGAGCGUCACCAAACUCCAACUCCAAUAACAAUAACCCUCUGAAUAAAAUGAUGUUAUACUUACAAUUUGCAAGUAUUAGUACGAUUUUGUUCACGACACUUUCAGUUCUUUAGCUUUAGUUCUUUCAGUUUAGAUUUUCGCACAAAAGUUAAGUCAAGUAAGGAGGAGAGUAAAUGUACAAAACAAAACACAACACAGCAAAAAAAUAUAUACGGAACAGAUUUAAAAAGAUUUCGAAGUUUAGUAAUGCGCAUAUUUUAAGGGAAAACCAUACCAUACCAUACCAUACAAAAAGUUACUUUCAUUUCUCUUUGAGGAUCUGUGAUCUGUAAUUGCUGCAUAAAAAAACAAACACACAACAAUUGAUAAUUGAAAAACUAUCGAGCGAUAGCUGUUUUAUGAAUAAGUUUUUUAAUUUGCUUAAUUUUAAUCAAUUUAUGUGCAAUUAACAAACAUUUUGAUUUGCCUUUUAGUUGUUUUGGUCGGCACCUCUGUUCAUCGCGUGAAUUAUGAAUUUUAUUUCGAGAAAAAACCUGGCUUACAUGUUCAUAUGUAUGUAUGUGCAAAAGUCAAAAGAAUAAUUGUUUCAUUGAGUUGCAACCUACUAUUAGCCACUCUUUUGCGCAUAUUAAUGAAGUAAGAAACCCUAAAAUGAAAUUUAUUUCUAGUCUUGUAUUUUAUUUUAUCCAUAGACAUAGUAGAGGAACGGAAUCCUCAGAACAACCCCCUCAAAUUCGAGGUCAUGUAAUUUUAAGCUUUUAAACUUGAGCGUUCAAAAGGAACGAAAGGAGAUCCUCCUACGCGAAACACACACUAAACAGAAAAUGCAAUACAAGGAUACUUGCUUCUUUGCAUACCCAACUUCCAGCCAUCGUCAUUCUUUAGAGCAGAGAACUACCAUUAAAGAAACUGCAACAAUAUCUAUGUGUAAUAUACAUUCAUACCGCGAUAGAUACAGAUACACACACACACACACCUAUAUCCAGCUUACCAAUCAAUAACUGAUAACCAACAAAACAAAUUAAAAAUAAGAACAAUAUAUACAGAAGCCACAGAUACCACAAUACCAGAUACCAAGAUAGCAGCUAGCACAGAAGAUCAACAAAUAUUGCAAAUGCUAACCAAUAACAGAAACAAUAACCGAGACAUAAACUGUAUAAAACAAUAUUUUUAUAUAUAUAAAUACAAAAGGAAAAAGGAGAGCAGAGCAUAUGACAGAACAGAAUAGGAAUAAAGGCAUAAAACAAUAACCGAAAUAAAGUGCAAACACUUCGUGCGAGUGACAACGUAAUUUACUGUUCAAAUACAAAGCAUUUUUGAGAUUAACGAUAGACGUACAUACAUGAUUAAUCCAUUAAUCCAUAUGCAUACAAGGCUAUGUUUUACUCAUGAUAUGCAUCCUCGUCGUUCACUUGUAUAGUUAAUAUGACUGCUUCAAACUAAUAUACGCUAAAUUACAGAAGAUACAACUAGACUGUAAAGCGAACAACACUUAAUUCCUUGUUUGUUUCAAUCACACACACGCACACACAGCUCCCAAAUGACCCUUUGUGCUCGAACUUUAACGGCGAAUGUUAUAGUACCCCAUAGAGUUCGAGCCAAGGGGUCAUUCAAUAUGCUAUGGUUCAAUACUUGUUCGAAGAAGUACUAUUCGACACCAGUCUUUGGGUUUACAGUACAGAGCAGAAUGGAAUGUAAUUCAAACACUUGCAGCGAAGUACAAAUAUAUUAACAAUACACACCUUCAAGAGGAAGCCCCCCACUAAACAACAGGCAACAAGCAGCCAAAUGCAUACACAUAGAAGGAAAUCGAAACGAACCACGAGAAAAAAUUAGCCAAAAGUAAAA